AAUAAGUCCAUCCGUGAAAUUUCCUUGCUACUAAAUAUUCCACGCUCAACUGUUAGUGGGAUUAUAACAAAGUUGAAGCAGCUGGGAACAACAGCAACUCAGCCACAAGGUGGUAGUCCACGUAAAAUGACAGAGCGGGGUCAGUGCAUGCUGAAGCUUAAAGUGCUAGAAGUCACCAAUUGUCUGCAGAGUCAAUAGCUAAAGACCUCCCAACUUCAUGUGGCCUUCAGAGAGCUUCAGGGAACGGGUUUCCAUGGCCGAGCAGCUGUAUCCAAGCCUUACAUGCAAAGUGUCAAAUGCAGUGGUGUAAAGCACACCGCCACUGGACUCUAG